AUGAAUGAGUCAAGACUAAAGACAAACUCUUCAUUUGCUAGUGAAAUAACAAUACCAAGCAGUCCUUCCCAUUCUGCUACCAUUGCUGAAAAACAACACUGUCGAUUCAAAUCAUUUUUGAUAUCAGCAAAGAAAACCUUUUGGAAUCUAUUUCUAAAAUAUUGGUUUUUACUCGGUCUUGCUAUUGCAAUUAUUCUGGCUAUCUUCUUUCCCAAUGUGGCUAGAAAAGGAGGAUACAUUCGUGCAGAAUGGACUAUCAAGUGGGGUGCUGUCAUUGUCAUCUUUUUAAUAUCUGGACUAUCACUUCGUACGAAAAUUCUAGCCGAGACAAUUUUGCGUGUUCGACUUCAUUUAUUGAUCCAAAUCAUUAAUCUCAUUAUUAUUCCAUUUACUGUUUAUGGACUUGUUUUAUUGUUCUUUAAGCUGCACAUGGACAUUAAUUCUUUAUUGCUUGUUGGUGUUGUUAUUGCUGCUAGUACGCCGACCACUGUUUCAUCAAAUGUCGUAAUGACGAAAAAUGCUAAUGGAAAUGAAGCUUCAGCAUUGAUGAAUGCUGCAUUAGGCAAUGUUCUCGGUAUUUUUGUUUCACCAGCACUUGUGUCUGCAUUCCAAGGGCCUUUAUUGGCUGCAACGCCCGAAGAUGAGAGUGCAGCUCAAGCCGGUGGUUCGGUUGAUUUUGUACAAGUAUUGAAGCAACUAGGAGCCACUGUUCUAGCACCUCUUGUUGUAGGACAGAUCAUCCAGUGGUUCUUUACGGAUGCUGUAGCGAAGAUCAAGGUCAAGUGCCGACUUUCUGAUGUCAGUAGCUUUAUGCUCCUGACCAUGGUCUGGUCUGUCUUUUCUGAUGCGGUCUAUUCUGGUUCAUUCUCGGCAGUCAAGGCAAAAGAUAUCGCUGCUGUAGCUAUCAUGAACUUUGGAUUCUAUACACUCUUUUCAUUUUUGUGUCUUGUGAUGGCAAGAUUGCCUUUACCUCGAUGGAUCAAGACACCUAAUAUCGUGAAACGUCUGCGUUAUUCACGUGAAGAUACUGUUGCCAUUAUGUACUGCGGUGCAACCAAAACAGUAGCCAUGGGCGUACCAUUGAUCAACGUACUCUAUCAAAACGGCGAUCCUGGUACUGUAGGUGUAUUAUCGACUCCUUUAUUACUCUAUCAUGUUGAACAGUUGAUUUUGGGUAACAUCGAAGUCGAAAUCCUCAAAAAAUGGGUCAAACGAGGAAAAAAACCAGAAACUGAAGAACAAAACAUGCCUAGCGAUGAAGAAGCAAAUCCUGCUGAUAUCUAUGAUAAUGAAGUUACACACACUGCUUCUCAAGUCGCUCCUCAUACUCGACAUUCACCUUCACCCCUUUCUCAGCUACAUUAUUACGAAAAAUAA